UGGAUAUACAUACGUAUGCUGCAAAAGCCCUUUCACCGCAUAAACCCUAAAACACCUCUGUACCUCUGUUAUUAAUAAAAACUCUAGGCAGACUCAUAAAUCUACUCGCCAUUCGCCAUCUCCUCCCAUCUAUAGGUGUGCAAUUUAUCAUCGCUAUUCGCACAGCACAGACCGUUUAUAGCCGUGGAAUACGGUGAUAAAACUCAGGGCAUAUGGCGGAGGCCACGAAAUCUAUACCCACCAAUGAACGAAUACACAGAGAGGCUCCGCAGUUGGUUACCGUGUUGAAGGAAAUGAAGGAGGGUUUGGAUACUCUUAGGAAUAAAAUCCAGGCUUUAACUGCUAAGGUCAAAGCAAAUAAUUUCCCGACAUCAGAUGGCAUAAGCUAUCUUGAAGCCAAACACUUGCUUCUUCUGAACUAUUGCCAGUCGCUUGUCUAUUUUCUGCUUUGCAAGGCAAAAGGACUAUCUAUUCAGGGGCAUCCAGUGGUUAGGAGUUUGGUUGAGAUAAGAUUAUUCUUAGAGAAGAUUCGCCCGAUUGAUAAAAAACUCCAAUACCAAAUUCAGAAGCUAACAAUGACUAUAGCAACAGAAGUUCAGAAACCAGGUUUGAAUGAGAAGGAAGCAGGUGAAGCUCAGAAGUCAGAGGACUUGUUAAAAUAUCGCCCAAAUCCAGACUUGCUUGUUAGCAAAACUAAUGCAACUGCAGAGGAUGCUGGUGGUGCAUAUCGACCCCCAAAAUUUGCCCCAUCUUCUAUGGAGGAAGAUAAGAUGUCAAGACAGGAGAAAAAUGCUUUGAGGAAAGAACGGGAAAUGCUAAGACAAGCAAAGCAAAGUGCUUAUGUUAGAGAAUUAAUGAAUGAUCUGGAGGGAAGACCUGAAGAGGUUAGAGACUACGUAGGAUCAGAGAGUAGAGAAGUAAUGAAUUACAUGGCGAAGAUGGAAGAACGUGCUCGACAAGAAGAGGAACUUUUUACGCGUGCCCCUCUCACCAAAGUUGACAAAAAGAAGAUGAAACAUUUAAAGAAGUCCAGAAAUGGGUUGCUUGGUCUGACAGAAAGUUUCUAUGAUGAGAUAAAAGCUUUACCCAUGGAGGGUAGCGCCCCAGAGCAAGUGACCGACUUCAGUAAUGCUAGCAGUCUAGAUAGAAAAUUUAAGAAGCGCAAGCGAAAGCAUUGAGUAGCCGAGCUUAGGAUGAUCCCAACUUAACUAAAUUUCUCCAUAACAUCUUGGUCCUUGCGCUGUGUUGAAGUCAUUAUUGUGAAACUGGUAAAGGGUUCAUCCGGUUGGCGGCUUUCUGAAGGAGAACAUAGCCGUUUUGGGGAUGUAACUUGUUGCAAGAGACAAUUGAGAUCUUUCUGAUUUAGAAUUUAGGCAGCAACCAUGAUUCUCGAUUAGUCGUGCCAUCAAGUUUUGCUAGACUUGAUUUAUUAAGUUCUACAGUUUGUAUGGCCCUUACAUUAAUUGUCUUGUAUUUAUUUGGAUUUUUAAGUUUGUAAAACAGUGUUUGUUCUACUCUCCAGUGUUGCAAAGAGAAAGAAGCCAAGUUACAGUCUUUUUA